AUGGAGUUGAAGGUAAAGCCGAUCUGUGGUCGAGACUACAGAACUCUGGAGCGAGGCGGUGUUAUCGUGAAGAAGACGCUGUUUGGCGGGGCUGAGUGCAGCGUACCGUCGUCGCGCGGAGUUUGUUGGAACCCGUUGACCAGGUGCUUGCUGGCGUGCGACAUGGUUAAAUGCUGCGUUCGCAGUUAUGGCGCUGCAUUCAACCCCGACGACAAAGGUCAGCUUCAAAUGACGUUAAACAGCGAAGCGGACGGGAAUAUGAUGGCCAUUGGCAGUCGCGGGUCGACGCCAGGACAGUUCCUUAGCCCCGUUGCGGUGGCUGUGAACAUGAGAGGAGAAAUCGCCGUAGCGGACGGGAAACUCAACCGCGUCCAGAUCUUCUCGGGCAGUGGCGACUUGGAGCACGUGAUCGGGCGGUCGGGCACUGCGCGUGGCGAGUUUCGGGCCAUCGCGGACGUGAAGUUCACCCCGCGAGGGUAUAUCGCCGUUGUGGAUUCCGGUAACCACCGUAUUCAGGUCAUGACGUUCACUGGGAUCGUUGUACAGGUUGUGGGUCGAUACGGUUGGAAGCUGGGCGAUCUCGUUGACCCCUGUGCGCUCGCUGUCAAUGCUUUCGGCGAUCUGUUUGUGUGCGAUGAAGGUAACAAACGCAUCCAGCGGUUCUCCACGGCGGGCAAACCUCUCUUGGAGUGGGGAAGUCGGCGUGGGCCAGCGCCAGACCUCAGCACUAUGCCCGAAGGAACGGAUUUUACAGAGCUGAGGCCUGUAGUCUACUCGAUCUUCGACAAACUGUCGGAUAUUGUCAUGGGACUCCACGGAGAGGUCAUCGCUUGCGACGCUGGGAGGCGAAAGCUUCUGGUCUUCUCGGAUGUCGGUGCAUGUCUUCACGUUGUCAACACAGCUCAAUUGUUCCAGUCAAGCAGCCCGACUGCGAUGACUGUGUGCUCGAACAUGCUGGUCGUCGUUGCGAGAUCGACACUAAGCAAGACGCGCAACUGCUUGGUGGCAGCGUUUCCCACGGAGAAGCGCGUGCGCGUGGGUCAGUUUGAAGCCGUCCCCGUUCAUUGUGCAGAGUCAAUCGCUUCCUACUUGACGUACGCCGAUGCCCUGCAGCUACGCUUGGUCAGCCACUACUUCCACCACUUGUGCCGCCAACUACGCAACAAAUGGAAAUUCUCCCCGCUUAUGGCGGGACAAGCGACUGUGAUGAAGUACAACCGCGUCGUGGCACCAGCUACGGGACUUAUGGCCGUAGAGGAGGCGUUCCAGAAGUGGGGGCUACGGAUCUACAAGCCCUCGAAUCGUAUUCGCAAGCACGUAAUGGACUUCCAAGCAGGAUUUUGCAGCGCUCUCAGCACCUUAUACGGCCCUUUGUUUUGCUACCAGCAUGAGGAGGUGCUACGAGCGUUUUUCAAGUUCUACUCGGGCGCGUCGCGUGAUAAAGAGGAGAUCGACAAGGCUGCAUUCAUCGAGAUCGUGACACAAGUCGAGGAAGUGCGCUUUGGCUUUCGCACGUGGGAGCAAUGCACGCCAUUCUCUAAGCUUUCGGAGAAGGCUGUACCUUUGCCAACUAUUCGAUCUGCGAAUAAUGUACCAAGGAUAUCGGGGGGAACACCAAUACCAAACUCUCUGCGACUAGUUGAGAACGCGCAACAGCACCAACUCUCCAAGCUACUGCAAAAAUUCCUGACACUAUGA